GCGGUGAAGCUAAGCAGAGAAGAGGCGGUAGCGCUCAACCUCAGAAUCCCUUUGCUUUUGUCUGUCUAUUUAUCUGCGCAACAAACUCGCAUCUCUGGAUAAACUGACUGACAGACAGCUUGUGAGGAGUCGCCUACAUCAUCAGCAUCAUCAUUAUCAUCACAGCGGCCUCUGCAGCGAAGGCGGAGGAGAGGAGGCGAGAAAAAGAAGAUACGCUUUCUGCCCUUUGUUUUGGUUUUGACCGCGGGGGAAAGCUGUAACUCUGAGAUGCUCCCGCUAUUGUCCCUCGCGGUGCUGUGCAUCGGUGGGGCUGUGCCUCGGCAGGUGAACGGGGAUGAAUGUGAACCUGUGUCAUGUGAGGGUGAUGCAGACUGUUUCACCCCCCAGCCAGAGGAGGCGCUACUCUUAUCAACUCCAGGCUGGGAGGAGCCGAUUAUAGCAGGUCUGUGCCAGCCCAGUCCAUGCCACCAUGGGGGUGUGUGUGAGACCACUAAUGCCCAACGAGGUGAUGCCUUCCUGGGGUACCACUGUCACUGCUCCCCUGGCUACUCUGGAACCCACUGCCAACACAAUGUGAAUGAGUGUGAGAGUGGGCCGUGCAGGAACGGAGGUGUGUGUACAGACCGGGAGGCCAACUACUCGUGUGUGUGUUCUGGAGAAUACACAGGCAGGAACUGCCAGCACAAGUGUUCUGGUCCUCUGGGCAUGGAGGGUGGUAUCAUCACCAAGGGGCAGCUGUCCUCCUCCUCUGCCCAGCGGGGCAUGUUUGGUCUGCAGCACUGGAGCCCUGACCUGGCCCGGCUCCACCGCAGGGGCAUGGUUAAUGCCUGGAGCCCUGCAGACAGUGACCGCUGGCCCUGGAUACAGGUGAACCUGCGGCAGCGGAUGCGUGUGACGGGGCUGAUUACCCAGGGUGCUCGGAGGCUGGGCAGCUCAGAGUAUGUGAAGUCCUAUAAGAUCGCCCAGAGCGAUGAUGCUAGGACCUGGAGCAUGGUGAAAACCAGAGGAGACACACAGGACAUGAUAUUCCACGGUAACUCAGGCAGCAGUUCUCCCAUGGCCAACGCCUUCUCUCCACCAAUUGAAGCACAGUACAUACGGGUUUACCCACAAGUCUGCAGGGGCCAUUGUAUGCUGCGCAUGGAGCUGAUGGGCUGCGAGCUCACAGGUCUCCCAGGUUGUUCAGAGCCUCUGGGUCUAAAGGGGGGUCAGGUGCAGGAUUCCCAGCUGACCUCGUCCUCUGUGUACCGGACCCUGGGCAUGGGCCUGCUGGCCUGGACCCCCAACAGAGCCAGACUGGACCACCAGGCCAAGGUCAACGCAUGGACCGCAGCCACCAAUGACCAAAACCAGUGGAUACAGGUAGACCUGUUGGUUCCUACUAAGGUAACAGGUGUAGUGACUCAGGGAGCUAAGGACUUUGGCCGUGUCCAGUUUGUGCGCUCCUAUAAACUAGCCUACAGCAACGAUGGACUGAAGUGGAUGACAUACCAGGACGAAACACAACACAAGGACAAGGUGUUCCAGGGGAACGUUGAAAAUGACACCCACAGGAAGAAUUCCAUCCAGCCGCCCAUAUAUGGUCGCUUCCUCCGCCUCAUUCCGUGGUCCUGGUAUGGACGAAUUACACUGAGGAUGGAGCUACUGGGCUGCACAGAGGACGACUGACCAUCUCUCUCUCUCUCUAUCGCUCUUCUCCCUCCAUCUCUUUCUCUCUCAUCUAGCUCUCUCGUUCCCGUCUCUCGCUCUUUCCCUAUCCUUGCUUCUGUUUCUCUCCUCUUUCUCCCCCCCCCCCACAAUCACAAUAGGUGAUUUUGAUUUGAUUGGUUUACUGUGUGUUAUUUAUUUAUUGGAUUAUAAGGUACUGUACUUCUGCUCUUUAAUGUUUUUGCUAUAUCGUGCUCCUGUGUGAUAACAUUUCCAACAGUAGUGUAGUGCCAAAACAAUACAGGGUUAACUUCUCCUUGGCCAACCUUUGACUGUUCCCUCCCCGACUUCAAAGGGCCACCGUUUCUGACUGAGAAACAGCCCUCUCAAAGCACAAACUUCCCCUAAAUUACCAUAAUAUUUUAAAGGCAUCUUACAGACAUUGUAAAAGAAAAGUUAUAACAUUAUUCACACUACAUUGUGAGUAUUAAGGUAUUUCAUUGCUGUUUUACGGAUAGAAAAUGUCAUCCAAAGUGUGCUUACUACUGUACAACAACCACUGAUAUGAUAUUCAUUGAUACUGAUUGAAUACAAUAUUGAUGGUAGUAACAUAAUUCUUUACUUGAUAUGAAGCAACAAACCACUUUCUGUAUAGUAAAACAAGUGACAUAAUA